AUGGAUAAAGUCGUAUUCAAGAUUAACGGUAUAGAAUAUAAAAUUGGCGGAGAAUACAGCCUGGACUUCACGUUAAACGAAUUUAUAAGAACUGUAGCGGAUUUGCGCGGCACCAAAGUGAUGUGCCGCGAAGGAGGCUGCGGCGCAUGUAUCGUUUCCGUGAAAGCCUCCGCGCCACCCACUAACGAACUCACAACUUUCGCCGUUAACUCCUGCUUAGUCUCCAUAUUCUCAUGCCACGGAUGGGACAUCAUUACAGUAGAAGGUGUCGGCAACAGAAGAAUAGGGUACCACGCUAUACAGCAACGGCUUGCCAAUCUAAAUGGGACCCAAUGUGGGUUUUGCACUCCCGGAUGGAUAAUGAGUAUGUAUAGUUUAUACGAAUCGAAGAAGAACGCUUUAACAUCGAAAGAAAUUGAAAAUUCUUUCGCCAGCAACAUCUGUAGGUGCACAGGUUACAGAUCUAUAGCCGAUGCCUUCAAAUCAUUCGCGAAUGACGCUAGUGACGCCAUUAAGCAGCAGGUCAUUGACCUGGAAGAUAUCGCUACUUCGAAAUGUAAGGGGUGCAAGAGUGAUGAAGAAUCGUGGUGUAUAAUCGAAACUAAUAACAAUAUAAAAAAGGAAAUCGAUAGUGACGGUCAGAAAUGGUACAGAGCUACAAAGCUGGAAGAUGUGUUUCAAGCUAUGAAGAGUGGGGAUUACAGAAUAAUAGCUGGCAAUACGGGACAAGGUGUUUAUAGCUAUUCUGAUCAGCCAAAGACCAUAAUAGACAUUUCAAAUGUGACUGAGUUAAAAGGACAUGAGCUAGAAGUCAAUUUGGUUCUUGGAUCAGCCGUGACUCUCAAUGAAAUGAUGGACGUAUUUCUCAAGCUAUCAGAAGAUAACGAAGAUUUCUCCUACCUCAAACAGUUAUGGGAACACAUGGACCUUGUUGCUCAUAUACCAGUUAGAAAUAUUGGUACUAUUGGUGGUAACUUAUUUAUGAAACACAGGCACAACGAAUUUCAAUCAGACCUCUUUGUUCUUUUUGAAACGGUUGGAGGAAUGAUAACUAUAGCGGAAGGUGUCGGAAAGUACAAGAAGAUAACUUUCCCGGAAUUCCUAAAACUCGACAUGAACAAGAAGUUGAUAUUUAACGUGUUAUUGCCUCCUUUGUCAAAUUGUUGUUCUGUGAAAACAUACAAGAUAAUGCCACGAUCCCAGAAUUCCCAUGCUUUUGUCAACGCUGGUAUUUUAUUACAAUUCCAUUGGAAUUCACAAGUUCUCGAGAAAGCUAAUAUAAUUUACGGCGGUAUUUCUCCCAGCUUUAUACACGCAUCCAAAACUGAAAUGGCUCUUAUCGGGAAAGAUCCAUAUACAAAUGAAGCUUUAGAAAUAGCAUUGAAAACAUUAGCUGAAGAAGUUAAUCCAACGGGGAAGGAACCCGAGCCUUCUGUAGAGUAUCGAAAAAUGUUAGCUAUAAGUUUGUUUUACAAAGCAAUAUUAAGUCUAUGUCCGAAUGACAAAAUAAAUCCGAUUUACCGAUCGGGUGGGGAUGUGUUUAAGCGAGAAGUUUCCAAAGGUAGCCAGCACUUUGAUACUGACAAAGCUUUAUGGCCGUUAAAUAAGCCUGUUAAAAAAUUAGAAGCAAUGCUACAAUGUAGUGGAGAGCUGGUAUUCACUAAUGCCUUAAAAAAACAAGGAAACGAAGUAUACGCUGCGUUUGUCACGGCAGAUGUUGCACCGGGAAGCAUUAUUGAUAAUUUUGACACAACAGAAGCCUUUAAAGUUCCUGGCGUGGUUGCUUUCUACACUGCUAAAGAUAUUCCAGGAAAGAACACCUUUACAUCACCCAUGGAACUUACCCUAAUAGUGGUAGACGAAGAAUUAUUGUGUUCUGAAAAGGUUAUGUACCAUGGUCAACCGGCUGGGAUAAUAGUCGCUACUAGAGAGAAAAAUGCCAACACAGCAUCCAAAUUGGUGAAAAUUAAUUACAAAUCGAUCAAUGAUAGGAAGCCUUUAUUAUCAGUCGAUGAUAUUUUAAAAUCUUCUGAAACAAGUACAAGGAUUAUAAAUAACAAGACGAUAGAGCCUACAAACAUAGGCAACGAUGUUAAAAGUGUAAUCAAAGGUGAAUUCAAAAUGGGAGAUCAAUAUCACUUCUACAUAGAACCUCAAACAUGUAUCGCAAAACCGAUAAACGAUGGAAUGGAGGUGUAUUCAGCGACUCAGUGGCUCGACUUAACAAAUAUAUCUGUAGCGAAUUGUCUCAAUGUUCCUGUAAAUAGUAUCAACGUUAUAGUCCAGAAAGUGGGUGGAUCUUACGGAGGAAAAAUCAGUCGUUCUGUACAAGUCGCAUGCGCAGCGGCGCUAGUAGCGCAUUUACUAGAUACCACGUGUAGACUUAUUUUACCAUUGCAAACGAACAUGAUGUGUGCAGGAAAGCGAGUACCUACACAAAAUUCUUUCGAGGUGGGCGUUAAUCAUAAAGGAGUUAUUCAAUACCUAAAAACUACAUUUUAUCAAGACAAAGGACACUCUAAAAAUGAAAUGACUUCUGGAUUUACGCUCCACCACAUUGGUAACUGUUAUGAUACGAAAAGUUGGCAAAUCGUUGCUAAUACUGCCUUGACCGACAAGCCUUCCAAUACUUGGUGCAGAGCCCCAGGAUCUGCCGAAGGAGUAGCAAUGACAGAAAACAUAAUGGAAAAAAUCGCUUACGAAACAGGAAUAGAUCCUAUCGAGAUUCGUAUAGCGAAUCUAAACGAUCAAACCAAUCCAAUAAAAGAAAUGAUAACUCAAUUAAAAGCCGAUGCUGACUAUGAUAAUCGAUUAGAGAAAUCCAAAGAGUUCAACAUUAAAAACCGAUGGAGGAAGAGAGCGAUCAAAAUGGCGCUGAUGCAAUACGACGUUUUUUUCUUUGGGAAUUACAAUUCAAUUGUUUCCAUUUACCACGGUGACGGCAGCGUUGCUAUAAUCCAUGGUGGUAUUGAAAUGGGCCAAGGUUUGAAUACAAAAGUUGCACAAGUCUGCGCAUAUACAUUGGGCAUACCGUUAGAAAAAGUCAGUAUAAAAGCAUCGACCAGCCACACGUCACCUAAUACUAUGACUACAGGUGGUAGUAUUGGUAGCGAAUGUGUAUCGUACGCUACAAUAAAAGCUUGUGAAGUAUUAUUAGAAAGAUUAGCACCUUUUAGGCAAAAGGGGGCACUUACAUGGGAACGGCUAAUAGCUGAUGCUUUUAAUGCCGGAAUUGACUUACAAGCAUCUUACAUGUAUUCGGCACUGAAUGAUGAUAUUAAGCCGUAUUGUAUAUACGGUGUGUGCGCAUUGGAAGUCGAAAUAGAUAUAUUGACAGGAAACCAUAAUGUGAUGAGAGUAGAUUUACUUGAAGAUACUGGCAGGAGUUUGAGUCCCCUGAUAGAUAUAACACAGAUAGAGGGCGCUUUUGUAAUGGGUUUAGGAUACUGGACAUCUGAAAAGCUUGUGUACGACAACGCUACUGGCAGACUUCUAACUGAUGGUACAUGGACGUACAAACCACCAGGGAUCAAAGAUAUUCCAGCAGAUAUGAGGAUUUACUUCUCCAAGAACACUAAAAAUGAGUUUGGUGUUUUGCAGUCUAAAGCCACUGGUGAGCCAGCGUUAUGCCUUGCAACAGUUGUUAUACACGCAAUUCGUGAAGCCGUACGAUCAGCACGCUUGGAUGCUGGCUACCCCGAUCAGUGGUUGCAAAUUGAUAAUCCCUGCACAGUCGAGAACAUAUUUAUGGCAGUUGGACACAAGAUUGAAGAUUUUAAGUUGAAAUAA